UGCUGCACAACCUACAGCGGCAAUGGCGGGCAGACGGUCCGGUUGGAGCCAGGCAGCUCUUCUCCAGUUCUUUCUUGGCAUGUGUCUAACAGUGAUGCCACCCACACAGGCCCGGAGUCUGCGCUUUGUUACCUUGCUUUAUCGACAUGGAGAUCGAUCACCAGUGAAGACCUAUCCCAAGGACCCCUAUCAGGAAGAGAAGUGGCCCCAGGGGUUUGGUCAGCUAACCAAGGAGGGGAUGCUACAGCACUGGGAGCUGGGCCAGGCCCUGCGGCAGCGCUACCAUGGCUUUCUGAACACCUCUUAUCACCGGCAAGAGGUUUAUGUGCGAAGCACAGACUUUGACCGUACUCUCAUGAGUGCUGAGGCCAACCUGGCUGGACUCUUCCCUCCCAAUGAAGUUCAGCACUUCAACCCUAACAUUUCAUGGCAGCCUAUCCCUGUCCACACUGUGCCCAUCACUGAAGACAGGUUGCUGAAGUUUCCAUUGGGCCCAUGUCCCCGUUAUGAGCAGCUGCAGAAUGAGACCCGGCAGACACCAGAAUAUCAGAACAAGAGUAUUCAGAAUGCACACUUUCUGGACAUGGUCGCCAAUGAGACAGGGCUUAUGAAUCUGACCCUGGAGACCAUCUGGAACGUGUACGACACUCUCUUUUGUGAGCAAACCCAUGGGCUGCUUCUGCCGCCCUGGGCCUCACCCCAAACUGUGCAGCAUCUGAGCCAGCUAAAGGACUUCAGCUUCCUCUUCCUCUUCGGGAUCCACGAGCAAGUACAGAAGGCCCGGCUUCAGGGGGGAGUUCUGCUGGCUCAGAUCCUGAAGAACCUGACUCUAAUGGCAACCACCUCUCAAUUCCCUAAGCUUCUGGUUUACUCUGCGCAUGACACUACCCUGGUUGCUCUGCAAAUGGCACUGAAUGUCUACAAUGGGAAACAAGCUCCCUAUGCUUCCUGCCACAUAUUUGAACUGUACCAGGAAGAUAACGGGAAUUUCUCAGUUGAGAUGUACUUUCGGAAUGACAGUAAGAAAGCACCCUGGCCUCUGGUCCUGCCUGGCUGCCCUCACCGGUGCCCACUACAGGACUUCCUUCGCCUCACAGAGCCUGUCAUACCCAAGGACUGGCAGAAGGAGUGCCAGCUAGCAAGUGAUACUGCAGACACAGAGGUGAUUGUGGCCUUGGCUGUCUGUGGCUCCAUCCUCUUCCUUCUAAUAGUGUUGCUCCUCACUGUCCUCUUCCGGAUGCAGGCCCAGCCUCCUGGCUAUCACCAUGUUGCAGACAGGGAAGACCAUGCUUGACAACCUCUCAGUCCUCUUCCCUCUCUCCUAUGGGAGGCAGCUGAGUCCUUGCUCCUGACUAUUGCUGAUCCCAGCCCAUGGACAGGGUAUCCUGGGUUUAGCCUCCCUGAUUACCUAAGCCCAAAUGAAUGAGUGAGGUUGGGCUGGCCAUAUGACACCUGUGACUACACGCCUGAUGUUUACCAUGUACUAUGUUGGAUUCUGGCUUCUCCAAACAGGAUUUGCCUCUUCUAUACUUCCUAAUGACUUGGGAUACAGACAAGCAUUCAGGUUUUACUCAGGACCUGGAAUUAAAAACCAAAAAACAAAAACCUGAAGAACCCGGUACUCGAUCUGCCUUGCUCUUCCACCAAGCCUUGCUCUUUGUCUUCUAGCAAAUAGCGUGGAGGACAUUGUCCCUUGGUACUUUUUUUAGACGCAAAAGUAUGGGAGUAUAAACUAUGGCUAUCAAGAAACUGGAUCACCCAACAGCAAAGUUUCCCUCUGGCUGAGGCUACUGUAAGUGUCAACUUUUGUCUUGAGCAGCUGCCUCAGGCAGGUUUGAAAAUAUUUAUAUUGUACCUGGAUGACAGGCAUGAAACACACGGAAUCAUGAAGUGACUUUCCCUCAUCUGGGCUGGGCUCUUCAGAUGGUUAACUGGACACCUGACUGUGGCCCAAAAUAGGGCUGAAGUAGCUCUGAGGAAAUGAAGGUUUUGACUGUGA